UUGCUGAGGGAGGGGACGGUGCUGACGGCUGGGAGGACGAAAGGAGAGACAAGAAAGCUUUGGGAAGACACAAGAGAGUGGGGAACGGCCCGGGUUUCCACCGUCCGUCGGGAAAUUAACACCCCAGUUUUCUGUAGCUGCUUGAUUUGUUACCCAAUCGGCGCUAAAAAUGUCGGCCAGUCGUCAGCACAGCGAGAGCUGGGCCAUCCCGACCAGGACGGUGUUGAUCAACGACACAACGCAGCUACCUCAUGACUAUUGUACCACCCCUGGAGGCACUUUUUUCUCUACCACCCCCGGAGGAACCCGGAUCAUCUAUGACCGUAACUUCCUGUUGGAGAAGCGCAACUCUCCCAUUGCCCAGACUCCCCCAGCUCAUCUGCCUGUCAUCCCGGGAGUGACCAACCAAAAUGUCCUGAGAGAGAACAAGAAGAACGAAGCCAACAACCACAUCAACAACCAUGAUGGCAAGCCCAAAACUGGUGAUGAUGCUCAGUUUGAAAUGGACAUCUAACAGACUGGAACGACACCAGCAAAAGCAAAUGACCUGGCAUCACCCGUGCCAGUGGCUUGGCUUGUAGAAACCAAUGUUGUGAGCCCUCAUGGCAGCCAUCUUCUUUAGCUCUUUGUCUCGCUGCUGGAUGUAAUGUGUGUAAACAUGGGGAUUCAGUGUAUCAUACAUACAGGUACAGAACAGUGUGACCAACUGUGGAAACUAGGUUUAUUUGUAAAGAUUUCCAUGGUUACCAGCCGCUGUUAAAACCACACAGUUAGGGAGUGCGCCUGAAUAUUAUUUACCCAGACACAUUGUCCAAUUAGCAGAUUGCAGUGCUCAUCUUACAGCUUUCUGUGAGUGUUUUUUAACAGAGCACACGGACAAAAAAAAAAAAAACAAAAACUGACAAUAUUCCAAGUUUCAUCAGGGGAGGAAGUGAGCAUUUUAGUGCUGGCCUUAGAAUCAGUCAAACGCUUUGAUAUUCAUCACAGUCUUUGGUUUUGAAGACCCAUUUAAGCAUGUUAUUUAAGUGUUGUUGUUUUUUUUUUUUUUUUGGUUUUUGGAUGUACUUGAAAAGCUCAACUAUCUACUAUCAGUUGUUCGGUUGGUUUAGUUUCCAGUGAUGGUAUGCAAAGGGACGCUGUGUUUUUAUUUUGCAAUUGGGUGAAGAUUUCAUUCCAAGACUUAUGUUUCCAUUACCAACAUGAGUCUGAGUUUCCAGUUUUCAGGGCAAAACGUUUUUUCUUUGAUGAAUUUUAGACCAUGAUUUAAUCAUUUUGUAAUAAUCAGGGGUAUUUCCCACUAUCACAUAAGGCUAAUUAUAAACCCUGAUAAUUGAAAAGAAGCAUUUCAUGUAGAACUAGAAGAGGACUCAGAAGGCGCAGACCUUUCAAGAAAAAUGAUUUGUGUAUCCACACUGUGAUUCGGAUCCGCUCAGAAUUUUAAGGGGUGCUUCCUUGGCUUAUGAUACAGCCAAGUUUCACGAAAAUCAGGCCCCGUAGUUUGUCUGUAAUCCUGCUGACAAACAAACAGAACCAUCAACAUAACCUCCUUGUCAGAGGUUAUUAUUAUAUUUCUCUCCUGCCGAGAAAAGUCAACAUACUUUUUCUUUAGAUUUAAUGUCACUUUAACCUAAGAGCCUGUACUUUAUUUAUCAGAGUAGGGGGGUUAGCCGGAGUGUGACAAUUAAGUUUUAUUUUAUGUCAUGACCCUACUGGUAGCUACAAAUAUCUUUCCUUGAGCCUCUCUUAGUGACUAUAGGACAACACAUGACCCUCCCUUCACAAAAAAUAACCACAUUUCACAGUUUCUGGAUAUGAUAAAUUUGUGAUUUUGGAAAUUAAAAAAAGCAUGCCUUUUAAACCCACUGGGGUUCUGAGGGCAUUUAAAAUAAAUACAAAAUACAACCAUAUAAACUUAAAUGCUCCUUCCCCAAGCUAAAU